AUGCUGCACAUCAGGAUGCUGUCAGGGGAGGAGGUGGCAAGCAUACCUGUAGAGGAGCUGAGCGAUGUUAGGUCGUUGAAGCGGCAGCUGAACCAGCAGAAGGGCUGCCCUCCUCGAUUCAGGCAAAGGCUCUUCGGUUGCGGCAGUCGCGGCAGUCCUCUAGACGAUGAUACCAAGCUGGAUUUGCCAAUGGACCUGGAGCUGGUCCUACUGACAUAUUCCGUGGCAUCCCCUGCCGAAGCGGAUGAGCUGGUGAAUGCCGCCACGGACGGCUCUGUAGCCGAGGUGGAUGCAAUUUUGCAGCUGCCAACAAUCCCAGAUGUGGUCGACAGAGACGGCAGAAGUCCGCUGAUGGCCUCAGCUACGCGGAACAACAUCGACGUUGUACGAUUGCUGCUGGAGGCCAAUGCCAAUACAGAAACCCGCGACCCUGAUGGCUGCACUGCCCUCUUUGCCGCUUGCCAGAACGGCCAUGUUGAAGUUGCGCAGGUGCUGCUGGAGGGCGGUGCUGACAAAAACUCCAGAAGCUUCGAUGGCUUCACUUGCCUGAUGAUGGCUUCGCAGGGCGGCCACGUUGAAAUUGCUCGCUUACUGGUGGCAGCCGGUGCCGAGAAGAACGUUCAGAAACACGGUGCCACUGCCCUGUGGGCAGCUUCUCAAAAUGGUCAUGUGGAAGUUGCCCGCUUGCUUCUUGAAGCCGGUGCCGACAAGAAUCUGACCAGCACUGACAUGGGCUUCACUUGCUUGAUGAUGGCUGCUCAGGAAGGGCAUCUUGAGUUUGUGCGACUGCUGCUGGAAACCAAUGCCGACAAAGACUACGUGGACUUUGCGAACAAAAGUGGCAUCACUGCGCUCGUGAUGGCGUCACGACAGGGCCAUGUUGAAGUUGUGCGUUUGCUGUUGGCGGCCGGUGCCGACAAGAACUUGAUCAUGUCAGAUGGGUAUACUUCAUUGAUGGUCGCGGCACAGGAAGGCCGUGCUGCAGUUGUGCGAUUGCUGGUGGCAGAGAGUGCCGAACUGACGUACACCAACAUGUGCAGCGUCUCUGUGCAAGAGCAGGCCAAUCGCUGCAACAACCCCUGGGUGCUGAAGUACAUCCAGAACAUGCCCGACAGGCACUCUUUCGCCGCGGCUGAGGCCGAGAUUGGCGCCUGCGUGGUGCUGGCAGCACCAGGCAUGCUCCAGAGCGGAGCCUCUCGGGAGUUGUUCGAGUCCUGGGCCCCGGACAAGAAGAACGGCGUCAUCGUGACCGGCUACUCCGUUCCGGGUACCUUAGCUCACGAGCUCAAAAGCGAUCCGGAAGCGGUCACCUUGAAUGAUGGGCGCAAGGUCAAUGUCCGCGCGACGGUGAAGUUCAUGUCGUUCUCCGCUCACUCGGAUUACAACCAAACCUCCGAGUUCAUCCGCCAGCUGAAGGCCAACGUAGUUGUUCUCGUGCAUGGCGAGGAGCACGAGAUGGGUCGGAUGCGCAACAAGCUGCGCGAGGAAUAUCCGGACUUGAACGUCACAGCACCGCAGAACUGUCAGACGGUGGCCCUGCGGGUGCCUGCCGACCGAUCCGCCGACUCCGUGGGAGCCAUCGUGGAGGACAUGGCAGUGGGCCUGAAGAAGGGUCGAACGGAGGUUUCUGGCCUGCUUGUGGAGGACACGACAGGCGUGCGCACGCUGCUGAGACCGGAG